AUGAAAACGUCGUGUUGUAAUGGUGAGAGAACUACAGUAAAAUAUCUACUUCAAAAUACAUUAUUCCAAACAGUCAAUCGUUCAGAGUCAGAUGAAAAUAUUCAUCUUCAUGAUGACACUGUUCAUCUCCUUCCUGCACAAGGAACUUGUCGUCAGAUAUUAGAUCGAUGUGAUCGUACCCCUACGGAUACAACAAAAACAGAAGUAGAAAGACCUCUUCAUCGUUCAAUAGAAGCAUUAAAACAACGUUUUAGUAAUGGUGUGGCUGAACAAUGCGAAUGGCCAUUGAAAAAUGAUCUUGCUGAAUCAUAUUCUCGUGCUAUUUACUGGGGAUGUGUUAAAGAUCGUGGUAUAGAAAAAACUAUUAAAAAAAUUCUAGAAGCCAAUGUUUUAGAAGAUGACGGAGAAGUUUCAACUGAAGUCGUAAAAACUUAUUUCAAAAAUGCAUUAGAAUACAAUGAUCCAACUUUUUUACUUACAGCUUAUACUGUUGAAAAUCAAUUUUAUAGAAAACUUAAUAGUGAAAUGACUAAUGGCAAUCAUCGACAAGUAUUUAAAAACCUAUGUGGAAACUGGACUGGUUAUUAUACUGGUAUUAUUAUGAAAAAUCCUGUAUUUGAUCGUUUUCAUUUUUCGGGACGACUAUAUCGAGGAAUACAAAUAAGUUCAUCUGAUUAUGCAAAAUAUAAAAUUGGUACUGCAUUUACAAAAACUUCAUUUCAAUCAACAACAAAAUCAUGGGAACUUGCGAAAAAAAUUGCCGGUUUAUCAGAAACAAUAUCUGAAAAACUACCUGUUAUGCUUAUAUUUACUAUAAUUGAUCGAAGAUCUGCAUUAAGUAUCGAAGAAAUAUCCGAGUUUCCCCAUGAAGAGGAAGUUUUAAUUGUACCCGGUACCCUAUUUAUGGUAUAUAGCAUUAAUGAAAAUAAAACACCUUAUGAGAUAGAACUACGACAACUUGAAUGGAAGAAUGAGUUUUGAUCUUUUGUAAAAAGAAUAUGUUUCUAUUAAAUAUUAUUUAUUAAUAAAUUGCUUUGCAAUAUAUUUUUCAUCAUAUCAAAAUAAUUUAUUAUCAGUAAUAGUUUACAAAAUUCUAAUAAUUAGUAUUUCACUUGAAAUAUUAUUUGUUACCUAUAAAUGAGAAAACAAUCAGUAGAGAAAAAAUACAUAUCGUAAAUAAAAGAAAGUAUCAAUGACAUGCCUCAACGUAAUAAGAAUUUUUAGAUAAAUAUGUUUUCAAUGUUAAUUUAUAAAAAGUUAGUUUGUAAUGAUUCAAUUCAAAGCAAUUCAUACUUACAGAGUUUUGUUAUCUAUCUUUUGUCUGAAUAAUUACUCAGAGUUUAUUGUAGUAGACAUACACUAAAUAGAAAGCUUCAAAAAUAUUUUUCCAAAUUUUUUAAGAAAAAACUAAAUGCAAUGAAUCAUCGGCGUAGCCAGGAAUUUUUUAGCUAUGGGACGUUUCCCAGUUAAACCAUUCUGAGGACUGGGCAACAAUGAGCAAUUAAAACUUGAUUGGAGCACAUUUUUUUAAAAACUUAUUGUCAUCAUAAAAACAGAUAUUUAUUGAAGAGAGAGACUCAUGACUCUCAAUGUAGGAGCG